GCGCGGCGGCAGGACCAUGGGCACUUUGCGGGAUUUACAGUACGCGCUGCAGGAGAAGAUCGAGGAGCUGCGGCAGCGGGAUGCGCUCAUCGACGAGCUGGAGCUGGAGUUGGACCAGAAGGACGAACUGAUCCAGAAGCUGCAGAACGAGCUGGACAAGUACCGCUCGGUGAUCCGGCCCGCCACGCAGCAGGCGCAGCAGCAGAGCGCCGGCACCUUGCAGGGCGAGCAGCGGACCAAGCGCCAGGCGAUCUCGGCCGAGCCCACCGCCUUCGACAUCCAGGAUCUGAGCCACGUCACCCUCCCCUUCUACCCCAAGAGCCCGCAGUCCAAGGAGCUGAUAAAGGAAGCAAUCCUUGACAAUGACUUCAUGAAGAAUCUGGAACUGUCCCAGAUCCAGGAGAUUGUGGAUUGUAUGUACCCCGUGGAGUAUGGCAAAGACAGCUGCAUCAUCAAGGAGGGAGACGUGGGUUCCCUGGUGUACGUCAUGGAAGAUGGGAAGGUUGAAGUGACCAAGGAAGGAGUGAAGCUGUGCACCAUGGGGCCUGGCAAGGUUUUUGGGGAGCUGGCCAUCCUCUACAACUGCACCCGGACCGCUACUGUCAAAACUCUCGUAAAUGUGAAACUUUGGGCUAUUGAUCGGCAAUGUUUUCAAACAAUAAUGAUGAGGACUGGCCUCAUCAAGCAUACUGAGUAUAUGGAAUUUUUAAAAAGCGUUCCCACAUUCCAGAGCCUUCCUGAGGAAAUACUCAGUAAGCUUGCAGAUGUCCUUGAAGAGACACACUAUGAAAGUGGAGAGUACAUCAUCAGACAAGGAGCUCGAGGGGACACCUUCUUCAUCAUCAGCAAAGGAAAGGUGAACGUCACUCGGGAAGACUCCCCCAGUGAAGAUCCCGUCUUCCUCCGCACCCUGGGGAAGGGAGAUUGGUUUGGAGAGAAAGCCCUUCAAGGGGAGGACGUCAGAACAGCCAAUGUCAUUGCGGCCGAAGCGGUGACGUGUCUGGUCAUAGACAGAGACUCCUUCAAGCAUCUCAUCGGCGGCCUGGAUGACGUUUCCAACAAAGCCUAUGAAGAUGCAGAAGCAAAAGCAAAAUACGAAGCCGAAGCUGCCUUCUUUGCCAACCUGAAACUGGCCGACUUCAACAUCAUCGACACCCUGGGAGUCGGAGGCUUCGGCCGAGUGGAGCUGGUCCAGCUGAAGAGCGAGGAGUCGAAGACGUUCGCCAUGAAGAUCCUGAAGAAGCGGCACAUCGUGGACACGCGGCAGCAGGAGCACAUCCGCUCCGAGAAGCAGAUCAUGCAGAGUGCCCACUCCGACUUCAUCGUCAGGACUGGGAGUGUCUGUCAGCAGGAAGGAGAGCUCAGGACAAUUCUCAGGCACAGAGGCUCGUUUGAGGACUCCACGACCAGGUUUUACACGGCGUGUGUGGUGGAAGCUUUUGCCUAUCUGCAUUCCAAAGGGAUCAUUUACAGGGACCUCAAGCCAGAAAACCUCAUUCUGGAUCACCGAGGUUAUGCCAAACUGGUCGAUUUUGGCUUUGCAAAGAAAAUAGGAUUUGGAAAGAAAACAUGGACUUUUUGUGGCACCCCGGAGUACGUGGCCCCCGAGAUCAUCCUGAACAAAGGUCAUGACAUUUCAGCAGACUACUGGUCACUGGGAAUCCUAAUGUAUGAGCUCCUGACUGGCAGUCCCCCCUUCUCAGGCCCAGACCCCAUGAAGACCUAUAACAUCAUAUUAAGGGGAAUAGACAUGAUUGAAUUUCCAAAGAAGAUUGCCAAAAAUGCUGCUAAUUUAAUUAAAAAACUAUGCAGGGACAAUCCAUCAGAAAGAUUAGGGAACUUGAAAAACGGCGUGAAAGAUAUCCAAAAGCACAAAUGGUUCGAAGGCUUUAACUGGGAAGGGUUACGGAAAGGGACACUGACUCCUCCCAUAAUACCAAGUGUCGCAUCUCCAACGGACACGAGCAACUUCGACAGCUUCCCGGAGGACAGUGACGAGCCACCCCCUGACGACAACUCAGGAUGGGACAUAGAUUUUUAAUGUCUUUCUCUUACCUGCUUCUGCCUUGCUGAGGACAGCUUUCCUGGGACGUGGCUGCCAGCGAAACCGAGAGAACGGAACUGGGGAGGAUUCGUGCUCGGGGUCACCAUGAUGCCUUGAUUGAUGCUGCUACAGGAACUCCAGUGGCAUUAGGACUUACUGCUUAGAUGACAAUAGUGCUCUUCAUGUUUUCUGUUCGAACACAACCUGGGGGUUGACAUGGUGGUCCUGACACAGAGCCUUUCACCGGUAGAGAAACACGUUUUCUGUCACCGCCGAGGUCUUGCUACGCUCUUAAUUAUCAAGGCCAGGAGAUACAUUGUGUAAGACACACCCAAUUGUAGCUGCAAGGUACUGGCUUUAUCAGUAGGAUCAGUAGUAAUUUAUUCAGUGCUGUAGCCAAAUACAGUGCAGGAUUUGGGCUAUUCCCACCCUCCCAGCUCCGCAGGGCUCCCUCCCAGUGUCGGAGCAGAGGAGGCCACGGCGGGCCCGGCCAAAGAGUUCAUGUCAAAGCAGUGGUGAAAUGUGUCCUUUUCCUUUCUGAGCAGAACCACAACAAGACUGAAUGUUACCUUUCCUCUUUGGUUUGGAGAGUUUUUUUUUGUUGAGCCUGGUAGAACAAAAGCACAACUGCUCGAGAUCCUGUGAAGGCAGAUAUGGGUCAUUUCUCUCACGCUGCAACACCACCUUUGGGGUUUGUUUUUCCUUUCCCUUGGUACAAAUACAUCCCUGCAUGAAAACAAAAAUCAGGAAACUAAUCCGUUUGACAUACAAAACAGUGCUUGGAUCACGGUCCUGUAACAAGGCGACAGCAGCCCACUGGUCUUGUCGAUUUAGGCGUAAAAUUAAGCUCGACUUGGACCUCUUUAGAACCCAAAGGGAAAACAUAAGACCUGUAAUGUCCUUUUUAGGUGCUAUGUCCAUCCCUCACCUGGUCACUCAACCACCUUUUGAGAGAUAUGUAGCAAGAGGCUUCGUUCUCCGUCACUCUUGGAUGAUCCCACGUCUCCACGUCUCCAUCUCCUCCGUGUUUAGUGCAGAGCUCAUUAAAAGCCAAGUACUGGGCCAGUUUGCUGGCUCUGGUGUAAUAUUGCCUGUAAAAAUGGAAUCCUAAUGCCUCUCUGGGCUAAGGAAAGUCCAUGGAAUUAAAUGGAAAAGCGAUAUUGUAUGUAUUUGUGCAAGGUCUCCGUGUCGCCGGCGCAAGUUCCCCGAUGAUCAUGUUUAGGGCACUGUAAUGGCCAGAGCCAAUAUAUGGAAAAAGAGCCUGGGGAAAACAGUAUCAGGAUAUGCUUUUCCCUGACUUUCACUGCUUUUCCUUUGCUUGAAUACAGUCUCCUCUGAUUUAUAGGCCAUAAUUCUGUCCUGGAUGCCCGUUUGUUGACUUCAGGUAUCCCGUUAUCCAACAAAACCCAUCGGGUUUCGGUCUCUCUAGGACCCCAAAAAAUCAUAGCAUCAUAGAAUAAUGGAAUGGUUUGGAUUGGAAGGGACCCUAAAGACCCUGUCGUUCCAAGCCCUGCCAUGGGCGAGCAGGUGCUGCCCCGUUUCAUCUCAGUGCUGCCCAGAGCUGAGAGUGAGGAGAUCAGCUCUUGCUGAGAAGGACUUUUGCCCACAUACUCCGUGGAAAGUAUCUGUAUUAACAGAAAAAUAUUAUUUCCCUGAUGCUAAAUCCCAACUCUUUCCCAUGUUUCUGAUGAAAGCAACUUGACAGUGUAUUGUUUGACAGCGUGGACCGUGUCCUGCUGUUUGCCAGCAGACAUGAGCUGGCUCACCUUUGGAACCAGUCUGUGGCACAGGAUUUCCUUCCCUGUUUUCCAGAGGGUGAGGCAGCAGAGCUGGCACAGUCACUUCAGGUUAUUUCUGCUGUUCUUUAAUCAUUGGAACUUCGUCUGCCUUCCAAACUGUUGGGAAAAGGCAGUAGCUCCUGGCUUUUCCACCUUUAUCCGAGGGAUGGACGACACUGAGAGCCAAGGCUGAGCACUAGGGCUAAAAUAUCCACCAGGCAUCUUAGAGAACAGGCCUAGCAGCUGAAUUCUUCACUCACACCCCCCUGGAGUUUCACUCGACAAGGAGAACUUUCUGUAGGAUUGUAGAGAGGAGUUUGUCCCAAAACGAUGACACUCGUGCUGUGGCAGGCAAGGGGUUGCUGGGUGGCAAAAGCACCACGAGGAUUUGGGGGGCAACCUGAAAACACGACAGGAAGGAGGGUUUGAAAUGGGCUCUUUUUCUUUUUCCCUGUCCCUUUUUCCCUGUGCCAAGCACAGGAAUCAAUACUGUACUGAAUAUGAGUUUAUUUUGAUACCAAACCCCUCACUCGACUCCCAUCACCUCUCCCAAGCAUUAACACCACACUAUGUAUAUUAUAAAAGCCUUCAUUUAUAAUAAUAUAUUUAAGUUGCUUUAUAUAUAUAUAUAUAUAUUCACAACAAGGGAUUGCCUCUGUGUUUCCACUUUGUGUCCUUAUUUCUUUGUCUCCUUCCCUAAUCUAUGGGAGGAGGGUGUAUUUAGGCUCCCAUAUUCCAGCUGAAAUCAGCUCCCAUAUUUCAGAGCAGGGUGUUGACUGGUGUCAUGACCACAUGGCUGAUCCGUAGCUUCUCCCAGCGCUGCAUUUCCCACAGCAAACUCUUCUUUACCAACAGGACCACGAGCGACUAUUUCUGUAAAUAGGUAUUUUCGUGUCGGUAUGUUGUGGUACACAUUGAACUUUUUGUUCUUUUCCAGCCCCAUGGCAUUAUUCCUUCAUUUCCUUAUUUGUAAUGUAAUGUUUUUAGCUCAAGGUAGACUUGAACUAAUGUCAUAUUUGUCAGUAUUAUUAAACUUUAUGUCAACUGUUCUGUUAAGUCAUCUGUCCCAUAGUUUGAGAACAUGACUAGCUAUCUGGCAUUGUUGCAAGUGCCUUAAAUCCAUGGCAUCUUAUAAAAAAAAAAUGACAAAUUUGGUGUUAUGCUGCAUGACAAAGACAAACACACCUCAAACUGUCGUCCUUUCUUAGCUUGCUGCGUUUUACAGUUCUUUCUGCAACCGGUUUCUAAGCCUUUAUUAUCUAAAACUGACGAAUUACAGAAAUGAUGAAGUCGUUCUCUUAUUUCUGUUCAAUGUACCAGAGCUGUGUAUCUGUUAAUGAGAUACAGAGUCAUUUCUGUGAAAUGUAUAAAUGUUUAUGUGCGGGUCAAAUUCCUCUCUGACAUCCUAGCAGUCCGUAGACAGGUAUUCCUGUUCCGCCGAGCCCUGCAGAUCCCACCCAUCGUGCCGUCCCGUCUUACACGCCCCCCCUCGAGGAAUCUCCCACCUGGAAAAAAUCCACUCGCUGUGAACCCAGCCUGCCUUCUUUUUUUUUUUUUUCCCUAAAACCCCGAGGCAAAGGCGCAGCUCGUUUGCACCACUCAACAAAACAGUGCUUUCCCCUCCCCGACCCCCUCCGUCCGCAGCCACCGCCGGGACGAGCCCUCGGUGCUCCCGCGGAGCUGCCGAGCUGGAAGCUCCUCAUCCGCAGCUCCCCAGCCCUGACACCGAGACUUGGGCGCCUUGAGGGCUUUCUCAGCAAAAGGGGAAAUUCCCUCUCCCUCCGGCCCCGGCUUAUGCUGGUUUUUACACCAUCCCUUUGGUUUGUAUCCUUAUUUCCCCCAGCUUUCUUCUUCCACGGGAGAGGUUUUGUUUGUCGGACAGAUGUCGGUCACCCCCCGCUCGGUGGCCGCUUGCACUCUUUUGAUGUUGACUGAAGAACUUUGGGGUUUUUUUCAUAAACUUUAACUGCUUUUGUUUGGCUCUGUACUUUCCCUGCAGCUGUAAUUGCCGAGUGCCUGUUGUAUACUUUAUAGAGUUGAAAUAAAAAUAAUUACUUUUGAA